AUGCAAUCCUCCGUGUGCCGGUGCUACGGCUGAAGGGCCUGGAACCCGUUCCAGUGGCAAUGAUGAGGGCGUUACUGCUAGUAGCUAAGGCUGAUCAGGUGUACGAGUUGCUUGAGCCUUACUGGCGGCGGUGGUUGACACUGGGACGGCCUUCAAUAUUAUUCUGCAUAAGGGCACUAUGCGAAUGCGGAAGGCAGAGAGAUAGGACUUCGUGCCAGUGAGUGAGCUAGCCUGGUCCGGCCAGAACCGAGUGGCAAAGGAUCACUUCAUGAAGACAAG